AUGAGCUUCCUAUUUGUGGUUGGAUCACUCUUUCUUCUUAACACCAUUGAGUUGAGUGUUGCGGGCGAGGGCUCCACUCCGAAAAUCAAAGAAAUUGUACUAGGAAGAUGCUACGAGUAUCAAUUGAAUACUAUUGGUCCAGAAGCAGAUAACUGGAAAGACUGUAAUGAGAUCUGGGAGGCCUUUCAUCAAGCCUUUGCUUAUAAGAAUCCGUGUACCCUAGCAUUCGAUGAUUACCAGCCGUUCUUUGAUGCAACUGGAAUGCAAGAACUUACAAAGGUUAGAAAAACUGACAAGUGUCUUGUUGAAGAAGGGUGGAGCUUCUCUCAGAUAAUGUAUUUUAUCCCUGAUUGUGAUACAAUGUUUUGAGUUAGAAAUAUUUGUUAUUUCGGAAACUUUAGAAACAAUCUAAUCAGUUCAGGGACGUUUACACAAGGUUUCUAACGGUAUACGGCAAUGACAGCUUGGAAACUCGUAAAGUACAAAUAAUAUCUUAGAGUGCGCAAGCAGUAUACGGAAUAGCGAACAACGAGUGACGUAAUCAUAUAAAUGCAAAGUGUGAAAAAAUACAUAAUAACUAAGGGGACACAACGAGCUACAUGAAAAACGUAAACCAUACUGAUGAUAACAAGGUAAUUAAUAACAAUUAUUGAAUGGUGCGAUCGAGGAAGGUGUUAUCGAGGCAAACAUGCCUCCUUGCCCUAGAAUAUUUCCAAGUUUUCAACAUCCUUACCUCCUCGUCUAGACUUUCUUCAAAAUAUUUCCAUGUUGCACAGUUCAGAAUAUGAACUGAGAUCCUUUUUCCCUGCAGAUACGCCUCAAAAAGCAGAUGGCAUCCAUCGAGCAAUAUUUUUGCGUAUUCUUGCAUUUGUUCCGUACUGUUUAAUCAGUACGGUCUAUUUCGUCCUCAGAUAGCAGUGAGCUCUUAUUUUCUCAAUAUGCCAUUCUGUCGAUUGUAUAUUGCCGCAACUUCCAAGUUUGAUUAGCGUUAGCUAAGCUUAUAAGACAGGAAUAGAACAUUUUACAGCUGCGGGCUUAGUUCCCUAGCCAUUAAGGCUGUGGUUGACCUUGUAUUGAUGCAAACCUCUUUCCUUUUAUUAUUUAAUUAUUCUUUAAAAUACGAGUUAGCAUAAGGACAUGGUAAAAGCGAGGAGGGUUGUAUCUAAAUAAGGUCAAUCCCAGCCUCGUUUUCACCUAAAACUGUGAAAUGGGCUUUAUUAGCCGAUUAUUAAGCCAAUCAGAAACGGUGGCGAAACAUUUUUUAAUUAAUAAUAUUGAAAGUUACAGAAAAAGUAUUUUACAUUUAAAGGAGUAGGGUAAGUAUCGGAGUCAAGUAAUGAAAACUUUCCCGGCAAUGUUUGUGUUCAAAUAGCACCAGUAUAAGAGAAAACUUGGCCCAGAAAUAGGAAAAAUUUGUCCAUUUUCUGAUCAAUGACUGGUAUAGCGAACCACUAGUAAUCAGUUUGGGCAAUAUUUCCCAAAUACACAGCCAUACUCGAAAACCUCUCAACUCAUUAUCAAGUGUCAGUCUACUCACAGCCGCACUGGUGCGAUGAUGGUUGAGUCAUCUGCAUACUACACUGAAAAUUAAAAAAAUCUGUUUCAGCCCCAAAGUGUCAAUUCAGUCCUGCAGGCCAAACUCUGAUUCAGCCCUUCCUGGAGCCAUUUGAGCACAAUUUAGGCCAAAAAAGCUACUAUCAAAAGGCUAUUCCAGCCCACGGUAGGGCCCAUUUCAGCCCUGGGACCAAAUCAGCCCUAGCUAAUUGGACUGUAUUGGCCCUGAUUUAAGGGAGCUAAAUUAGACUCAAAAAUACGACUGUAUUUUACUCACCGAAACGGCCCUAUUUUUAGGUCUAAAGCAGAUCUUUCUGAUUUAGAGUGUAUUUAAAAACGGGAAAGAGUUGCCGCUGGUUUAAUUCUAUUUAGAGAGAAUAUUAGAGGGCCCUACCCAACGUUGCCCCUAACGUACUACCUUUCUACUCGUUCAAAUAAUUCCACAGGUGUAGUACAUACGAUUGAGGGGAUAAAAGCACAACUAGUUAUAAGUAAAUCAGCUAACUUUAAGGUCUAAUAAGCCAUAGUGGUAACGUCUUGCAUGGUAGCAUAUGUGGGGCACAGUCAUAAGAAAACCACCCUGGCUAUGUGACGUGGUUUUCACUUGAAAUCAUGCCUUUUUUCUAUGUUGAGGCCGCAUCUUCUUUCCGAAGAAGAUCAGCCUCAAAAUAUAUCCUUGCCUUUUCUUCAGAGUUUGUUCUGGUCUGGUACANUAAAAGCACAACUAGUUAUAAGUAAAUCAGCUAACUUUAAGGUCUAAUAAGCCAUAGUGGUAACGUCUUGCAUGGUAGCAUAUGUGGGGCACAGUCAUAAGAAAACCACCCUGGCUAUGUGACGUGGUUUUCACUUGAAAUCAUGCCUUUUUUCUAUGUUGAGGCCGCAUCUUCUUUCCGAAGAAGAUCAGCCUCAAAAUAUAUCCUUGCCUUUUCUUCAGAGUUUGUUCUGGUCUGGUACACACAAAGUUGCGCAGGUCUAUUCUGAUUCCGGUGAUCGCUAUACAACUCUAGAAGAUACCUUGGCCGGGUAAGAAUCACCUUCAGGUUAUUGUUUUAGUGUCACCUGUUUAAAAUAUAACAUUGCAGGACGGCUUUAGGAGCUUUUAGAUUGUUCAGUAAUGCAGUCCCCUAUUUUUCCUCAAGAUCGUCGAGAUCGAGAGCUUGGCAUUGUUCUCUUGUCCGCCCCCUCGGUACAUAUGAAACGAAGAUGGACGCUCGUACCAGUAAGCACUCGUGAACAGUCUAAGGAGUAGUUUUAGGGAUGCUUACAGUUGGUUAUAACUGGAAGGCCAGACCACGGUCCAGUCGAAAAGAGUAUUUCACUGCUAAAUCGGGUCUAUCCUGCAGGAUCAGUCUAUUCUUCCAUUCCUGAGCGUAAACGGCAGUGAUAGGUUCGAAGCCAAAACUCUCACGGACACCCUCGUCUAUUUGAUUUUCAAUGAUCGACUUCUUGUAAGCGUGGCCUGUAUUCACACAUUCUUUGUUAAGUUAGAUAAAAAUAGACGAAAUAAACUUAACAGAUUUAAGAAUCCCAACUGGCCGGAGAUCCUGUGGCAAACCAGCCGGCUCGGUAUUUACAAAAGUGGUCGAGGAUUCAAACUCGGAACUACCAAAUCUAGUAGCUGUCAGGGCGGGACUUAAACUGGGGACCUCUGAGUUACAAGUCCAGCGUUCUUACCACUCGGCAACGCCACCUCCUUACCCGCCUCUCCUUCGCUGUCCACGUUAGCUGGCCCACACCAUAUACUAUAGCCUAUGGAUGGCAGGCUCAUCCAUUCAUUUCAAUACUUAGAGAUCUUUUGGGCCCCCUCUGACUGCCUCACGAUCAGUUCAUCUGACAGAGGUGGUCACAAGACACUGUCAGACCAACUCAUCCUCUACGUGAGUAUGUUACAUUGUAGGUAGGCAAGAGUUUCGUAAUAAUAAUUACCAAUUAUGUACGUUUUACGUCUAAAACCUGUUGCAGGUAUCUGGGGAAUGGACUGACUUGGUGUGGAAAUGAAAACCUGUCUCGUUCAGACUCCGAUGGGAUUGACUACAAUUCCUGUCCAGAUUGGAGUGAAUGUGAUUAUACGACACCUUUCUGGGGCCUCGCGUCAACGACGGUAAAGUAUCAUCAUGUACUUUUCUCUCAAACUUUUCUCGUAUUUUUCUCUCAAACUUUUAAAGUUAUCGUUUCCUUAACACUGUGUUUAAUAGAAGUAAUAUCUAUUAAUUUGUUCUUCUGUCCCGCCAAGAUUAGCAGUUCCUACCUGCGCGUCAUUGUAAUUACUUAAGUUAAAUUCUUGAAAUAAAGUUUUGUUGUUGUUGUCAUCGUACAAGUUUUAACGAGUUUUAUAAGCUCCUGUAGGUGCUACAUAGACACGCAAUGAUACUUUAAGUUUAUAGACAGCCGCGGGUCAAGUAAUUUAAUUAACUACGUUAAUAAACUAAAUACUUAUAUUUGUUUUUUAAAGUUUGCAAGACAUGCUCGAGGAAUUGCUAGAGUAAUGCUGAAUGGUUCCAGGGUCGAUUCAAAUGGAAAACCUGUUCCUUACAGGGAAGACAGGUAAUCGUACCUGCGACCAAGUAGUUCUUACAAAUCUUGUAAUUGACUAAGCCGGGGCCACGGAACUAGGGGUAGGGGAAUUUUCCCACAUAUUUGAGCCCACAAAUUUGAUUCACCUUCCCAAAAAUCACAAUAAUUAAAAUUUACUGUGAGGCUCAAAAUUCUCAACCUUAAAGUAAUAGCUAAGGUCAUAAAAUUGAAACAUCUUUGGGUGUUGACAAACUCUGGGGACAAAUGACAUCGAAACGUUCCGAAGAUUCACUUUCGCAAGUCCCACUUUUUAUAAACCUCCUCUGAAUAUAAUGCAAUCGAAAUGGCUUUAAAAAAAACCAGGAGGCUGUAGAGGAAUUGGUUAGGUUUUUUCGGUCCAAAUCUUUCCAAUUUCCUUCCUUUAUUACUUUUACCAAGAGAGGGCUCAAUGGAUUACAUACUUUCUUAUGAACAGAACACAAUAAGCUAGAUAAUUACGCUAUCUAUAAUAUUAAUAAUAUAAUAAGAAAUUUCGUUAUUUUAUUUUGUAGCUUCUUUGCCAAAUACGAGCUGCCAAAUCUUCAAGUGAACAAAGUUUCCGAACUCAGGAUCGUAGUGGUUCACAACAACGGCCCUAAUAAACGGUGAGAAACAGUAAGAAUAUAUGUGUGUGGGAAAAAUCGGCUCACAUAAAAACGGCAGAUACGCGUCUUAUAAGGUGUAACUAGCAGAUUUUGGUAUCACUUCAGUGAGGUGUUUACUGGGAUGAUGCGCCAAAUUUUUUAGCCUUACAGGUAUUGCUAGCUGACGGCUGUUCCUUAAGGAAAAACUGCAGAAGAGAAGAAAUCAGAAAUAAAAAACAACUCAAAUUUUCUGACAAGCAUCUCUGGCCUCUUUCAUGGAGGCAGCACCCGCCUCCUUCUAACGAAAGAUAUGCUUUAUCCUGGCAGCAUAAUUUAUAAUCAUUUAUGGUAUUUUUUUAAAUUCUCAUUUCAGAACUGAAUUAUGCUACUUUUACCAGGUUAAGUUUACGUUGUUACUCAUUUUGCAACAUGCCAUAUCAUGAUAUAAAUUUGAUUUUUUUUACAGUUUACGCAAAGGUUGUUACACUGCCUCUAUUAGAAUGCUUAAAAAACACGCAAGAAAUAGAGGACUUAAAGUAACCUGCUACGACGACCCAAAGUACGUGGUAUCUCAGCUUGAUAUUAAUCUCUAGUUCUCAAAGCUAUCAUCUCACCAGGAGCCUUUAAACCCAGAGCAAGCAACUUCCAUAUACUUGUGUUUUUUCUGCCUGGUUUAUUUUUAGAACGGUUUUGGGGCGAACUUAUAACGUCCAAUCCUUUAUAUUUUAAGUCGCACGAACCAGUCAGCACAAAAUUGGAACUUUUAUUUAUUAUUAUAUCAUGACUUAAGUUUUCUUUUUUCAUUCGUCGUAUGUGUUCAUUCACGGAGUAGGGCUUCCAUUUUCAGAAAAAGUACUCUACAAGGUAUCUAAAAAUAUACCAGUUUGUUAAAAUUCCGUGACAUAUACCUAGUGUGGGAUUUGUGUGGGAUCAGCAAGCGAAGAAAUCCGAUUCCUGAGUACUGGAGAAAACAGCGACUUUUGCGGCAAAAGUGUCUAGGAGGCUUCGGGUGAUCUCCUCUUAUGAAUUUAAGGCCAUCAAAGCCAACUUGUAUUUGUCAAAUUAUUUGACCGUGGUUUUUUAGAAUUGUAAGGGUAAUAACCCCUACUAAGUAAGAAAAUUUUGGGGGUACUUACCGUGCGCAAAACGAUGAUUCAUCUCAAUAUUUACAAGGGGUCUACUCACCUUCGUCUCGCCAUUGUAAAUCAGUGCCCCCCGUACAGUUCUACCUCUCAUACGUGUAUUAUAGUAUUUUAUCUAUCACCAAGAGCCAUUGAUGUUCCUUUAUGGAUCUUGCUAGAGAUCAUAAAGCGCAAGCAGAUAUCAAGCUUUAUAUCAAUAUUUUACCUUUUUGUCUUGCCAGUGACGUGCGCCAUAUUUUGUGUACGGACGAUCCUUUCUCUCGCAAAUGCCUCUUUCUCCUCUUUAACUCUUGGAGACAUUAA